ACUAUGAGGCGCCCACCAUGGUGCGAUGCGACCGCGGGCUGCAGAUGCUGCUGACCACGGCCGGAGCCUUCGCCGCCUUCUCGCUCAUGGCCAUCGCCAUCGGCACCGACUACUGGCUCUACUCCAGCGCGCACAUCUGCAACGGCACCAACCUGACCAUGGACGACGGGCCCCCGCCCCGCCGUGCCCGCGGCGACCUCACCCACUCGGGGCUGUGGCGGGUGUGCUGCAUCGAAGGGAUCUAUAAAGGGCACUGCUUCCGGAUCAAUCACUUCCCAGAGGACAAUGAUUACGACCACGACAGCUCAGAGUAUCUCCUGCGCAUUGUGCGAGCGUCCAGCGUCUUCCCCAUUCUCAGCACCAUCCUGCUGCUGCUCGGAGGGCUGUGCAUCGGCGCCGGGAGGAUCUACAGCCGCAAGAACAACAUCGUCCUCAGUGCCGGCAUCCUCUUUGUGGCCGCAGGCCUUAGCAACAUCAUAGGCAUCAUCGUCUACAUUUCCAGCAACACAGGCGACCCCAGCGACAAGCGAGACGAGGACAAAAAGAACCACUACAACUAUGGCUGGUCUUUUUACUUCGGAGCCCUGUCGUUUAUUGUGGCGGAGACCGUGGGCGUCCUGGCUGUAAACAUUUACAUUGAGAAAAAUAAAGAGUUGAGGUUUAAGACCAAACGGGAGUUCCUUAAGGCUUCUUCCUCUUCUCCUUACGCCAGGAUGCCGAGCUACAGAUACCGGCGACGGCGCUCCAGGUCUAGCUCGAGGUCCACCGAGGCCUCGCCCUCCAGGGACGCAUCUCCUGUGGGCCUGAAGAUCGCCGGGGCCAUCCCCAUGGGCGAGCUGUCCAUGUACACGCUAUCCAGGGAGCCCCUCAAGGUGACUACAGCCGCCAGCUACAGCCCGGACCAGGAGGCCGGCUUCCUCCAGGUGCACGACUUCUUCCAGCCGGACCUGAAGGAAGGCUUCCACGUGACCAUGCUGAACCGGCGGACAACCCCCGUGUGAGCUGCCUGCUCUCCUCUCAGCACCGGCCUCCCCCCAGCACUGCUGUUCAUGUCACGCAGGAGGGUACGUGGUCCUUAAGGCAGACAGACAAUGAACUGAAGCGGAAUGCAACCCCCGCUGGUCUACAGACGGCGUCAUGGGCUGGCUUAGAGUGGAGGAGGCCCAGAGACUGGACCCUAGGCUGCCAGAGAAGCAGAAGGCUGACUUUAUCCUCCCCAAAAAGGUGUUUGUCUGCCCUGGGGUUUCCAGAAUCUCCAGGAGGUCCAAGAGCUUUCCUGAGGCUACGCGGGGAAACUAAAUUGAGCUAUUAUCUCCUGCUGGAAAUAAAUCUUGCCAGAAGAAUGGGAUUUCAGGCCCUUUGCUCCCCACUGGGUCCCGGCCCCCAAAGCCUCCUGGGCACAAGGGGCUCUGGACACUUGUCAGCUGCUUUUGAACCAGAAGUUCCUGUGCCUCUGAGCCAGAAAUGAGGAUGCCAAACCUCACUCCCUCCUCAACCCUUUCCCUCGCUCUGGCACCCUGGCAGGGGACUGUUGGUGAGAAAUCGUCAUCCUGAAGAGACCCUCUGCAGCCAGCUGGUGCUUCGGCCCUGCGCUGACCUGGGGCUGGCUCCCUCCACCUGAAGAGACUGUGGCCCGUGGAGGCGCUGCAGAAAGGCUGGGGCUACUGAUGGCUUUCCUGUCUGCUUCUGGAAGUUUCUGCCUUACUCAGAAUGGGUAGGACACAUGGAACCUGAGGGCCUGCAGGAUUCCACCGGUUAGAGGGAAGGUAGCUUUGUGCCUUCUUGCUGUGUCCGUCCCCACCGGCCUGAAGUCCUGUCCCUUGUGGGAACACAGGGGCAGGUAGAGGCAGACCCCUAGGCCCCCAGCUGGCAUUGGCAACAGAAGCCUGAACCUCUGAGCAAGAAAGGGGGACCCGAGGGAAAACAGCAACCAAAAAACAAAACGGAACAAGCACCCAUUUCCUAGGUAGUUGUGAAUCGCGACCUGUCUC